AUGAAGAACAAUUAUCGAUACAAAUCAUUGAUGUAUAUGAAGUUGAUGAUCCCUAGUAUUUAUAUAUACAAACAUAUCGGCGGAUCUAGGUCUCUGGUAAUGUUGAGUACUAUUCAAACCUAUCCGGAAUCCGGGAAAUGGACGAUUUUCUUCACUUUUUCUACCUUUUAGGAGAAAAUUCCAUGUGGCCACAUACAUCGGCCACAAAAAGCAGUAAACUAGAGAUAGCUUAUCUUUAAAAGAAGUAAUUGUGCAUGUUUCGUUCUGGCCGUUGGCUGUGGCCAAUUUCAUUUAUUUUUAUUUUUAUAUCUAAACAGGCGUCUGAUUUUGACGUUUGUGCACAGGCGGAUCGCUAUGUAGCGCAUAGCAACGAAUUGUACAUACAUGUACAGUGAUAUAAAAAAAUUAAUCACAACUUAAUGUACUUGUUAUUGUUUUAGCGACCACAAUGAUAUAAUAAUUACAAUCUAAAAAUAUCAGUUUAUGAGCAAAUCCAGUUCGGGUCAUUGAAAUGCAAACAGCAACCGGACCGAAUAAAAUGCAGUACUAGACCGGCUACAUGCACAGUUAUACACCAAAUCUUGUCUUAAUCUCUAUAAAUGUGUACAAAUGAAAUGUUCCUGUCGCUUAUAAAAUCAUAAAUAUGCAAUAAUAAUGCCAAUAUAAAGGUAAAUUGGUUAAUCCGACAGUUUAAUAUACAUCAUCUAAAAAUAGAAUUGAACCUUGUUAAUUUAUAUUGACAACGUACAAUACGGACCAAAAAAGCUGUUUUAACGUACCUAGGUCUUUGUGAGAGUUUGCAGACGAUUGCAAAACAAAAACUGUGGGAGUGUUUACUGACUCAAAGGAGAAGGCGGACUGCUAUUAAUUAAAAGCUGUUAAUCGCUUCUCAUGAUAAAACUGAAAUAAGUGAUGAUUUAAUGAUAUCUUGCUCACAGGUGCUUGGGUUCAGGACCCAAAAUUACCCUCGAUGGAUAUUAUAACAGAACAGUUCUGUUAUAAUAUCCAACGAGGGUAAUUUUUAAAAGGGGCUUAUUUUGAGGGUUUUUUUUUUUUUUUUUUUUUUAAGUUUGGGUUUUGUUGUUGUUGUUGUUGUUGUUUUGUUGUUUUUGUUGUUUGUUUUUUUUUGGGGGGGGGGGGGUUGGUGGGUUUUUUUUUGGACUUUUGAGGUAUUUAAGACACUGUUGACAUGCUUUAGAGAGAUUUUCAACUAAAAAAUAAUCAAAGCUGCAUGACCCGAUGUUCAUGUAUUAUUUCUGUACAUAAUUACUUUAAAGCAGAAUAAUUACUUUAUAAAGUUAUUAACUUUCCCUUAAUUACAUGCUUGAAAACAUCUGCAUGUAAAAGAAAACAGUGCGAAUAUUAUUUAGAAAGUAAAUAUAGUGGCUACAUACAGUACAUGCAUAUGUAUAUAAAUCAUCCCAUAAUAGACUCAUAAUAGACCCACGCGCGUCAGGGGAAUCCCAACAUGAUGUAUUGACUAAUACGCAACUGUCUAGUUUUAAGGCUGAAAGGGCGUAAAACAACGAAUUACUAAGAGAAGAGGAGCACGUGUACCAUCAACAUGUCUAAGUUUAAUAACAGCAGGCUUUUUCUAAACGUCUUGAUGACCAUGAUGCUGACAUACACUGUUGUUGUCGCAGCGAUUGACUGCAAUCCACCAGUCAGAGACUAUCUGCAUUUUACAAAGAAUUUGACAGACCUAGACAGUGUGAGAGCUCGACAAUUCAUCAGAUUAGACUGCUGUGUCUCGGGCUUCAGUUCCCUCAGAUGGUAUUUCAAGAACAUCCAUACCAACAACUCCUGGAUUCCGUUUCCCUUUCUACACCAACAAUGUGAUCAUAAUGCAGACUGCCCAAUACCGUCUUUCAGCAACCAGACCCUGAUGAUUUUGAAGUCUGUUUUUAGUACCGAUAACGGAUCAUAUAUGUGUGUUGCUUAUAAUUCUAGCACCGGCCGCAGCAUAUCACAUGUGGAGGAUUUAUUAGUAUAUGAGUGUGAAGACAGAACAAAACCACAACCCAUUCCGCCCCAUGAUACAGAAGCGAAUGUAGGUCAGAAUGUCACGUUCCAAUGUGCGGCGGAUUUUGGUUGUAAAAAUAGCUACCUGCGAGGGGUCGAAUGGUACAUUGGGACUACUGAUGUCCGGCAAAUCGAUAAACGUUAUAUUAUUACCACAUUCAACAGGGAACUCCAUCCACUUGUGCAGACAAAUUUGACAAUUUUAAAUGUACAACAAUCAGAUUUUGACCUUGAGUUUUCCUGUUGGAUUAUAUCGGAUUAUGACAUUGAUACUCCAAAGUACAAUGUAAAACUACAGCAAAAAAACAUCCAAAACAAACAGCUGAUCCUGAUCAUCGUCGUCCCCUGCCUAAUUUUCAUCGUGGUCGUCACGGCUGCAACAAAAGCAGCCCACACGGCAUACGGACCACAGAUGACAUUCUACCUCAGAUCACGCGGUCUGCUUGGAGGCUUGCCAAAAAUGAAGAAAGAGCAUCUGUACCAUGCAAUGAUAGUUCACGAUAAUAAUAGACAAGAAGACGAUAACAUUGCUGAGGAAAUCACUCGCACGCUGGAGGAAGAGGGUUACAAGAUCACCAAUCUAGUGGACUCAGGUUACGGUCAAGGUGUCUUUUCACAUUUUGGUGAAAAUUUGGGACAAUCAGCUGCAAUAAUCAUUCUGGACAUGGACAGAAAUUCUCAGGAUUCAAGUAUGUUAAGAGUAUUUAUUGAGUCCAGCCUGCGAAGUAUGUCGGAUUCCCUGGCCGGAUUCACCAUAAUCCAGCAGAAGGGAGUGGAGGAUUCGGUGAUGGACUCUUUAGAGUACCAGGGACUUAAACGAAUGGAAUGGCCAGGCACUGAUUGCACAGAGAGACAAAGACGGAAGUUUUUUAAGCAGCUUCAGUUGCGUCUGCCAGAACCUCGCUAUCGGGAUCAUUUAAAUGAAAAUACGCCAUUGAUUUGAUCAAGCAUUAGAGAAUUACCCACGAGAGAUAAACUAUUACCGUCCAUUUUUGUAUAGUCUUCAUUCUACUUUGAAGGAGGACUUAAUUCAAAAGAUACUUAUAAAAGACAUUAGCUGCAAUAGCGUAGCCCUAUCCAACCUUUUUUCCCUAACAGUGGUACUAUGACCAUUUUUGAACACAUUUUUUUUUCUUUUCAAUUCUGUUUACAAUCAGCCCAUCCCUUUUAAUUACUUUGAACUUCAUAACCGAUUGCUUACAUGUAAAACCCAUUUAUCAGUUUCCGUGAUUCUAUGUGUUUUGCACAUCUACCCUAGACAUGAUCAGCACGGGAAUGUCUGAUGUUGAUUCAAUUUCCUGGGCUGCUUAUUCUUUGUUUUUGUUUGGAGUUGGUCCAUUUUGUUAACUUAUUCAAACUUGUUGUUUACAUUAUCUUUCUCUCAAACUUUGUUCAUUUCUUACUUCGUUUACAAUUAGCUUAUUUUCAUUUAUUUAUUUAUUUUUUAUUUAUUUAUUUUUUUGUAUUUGUUAAUAUUAUUAUCUUUUAUAAAUUAUGCAUGGUUAAAAUAGAAUCUCUCUGGGUACGAGUUAGCUUUACUAUUUGUCAACGUUAUUGAGUUAACUCGUUCCACUUGAGAUUAAUUAAGUUUAUUGUUUUUCUUUUCGGACAUUUUGGAUCAGCUCUUUGGACGAAUAAGGCAUGUCCUAAUUCGCUCCACUUUUAACAUUGAUUGGCAAGCCUAAAGACCAAAAACAUGUAGUCUGCGUUGUAAAUACGUUUGUAGAUUAGUGUAGUUGUAGUGCUAGAUGUAUUUAUAUGUAGUUUUUGUUAUUAUGCUCUGUUGAUAUUGACCACUUUAUGUAAUUCUUUUCGUUUGUCCUGAAGAAGGGACGGGGCGUCCCGAAAAUUUGACAAUCUCGUUGUUCGUGUCGUUGGUCAUUUUAGUGCUUUGUGUAUGUGUAUAUAUAUAUAUAUAUAUAUAUAUAUAUAUAUAUAUAUCUUUCAAAAUUGGGAGGUAGAAAACCUGAAUAUUAAGUUUUGUAAACAUCUACUGGGUGCCGGUAAAAGAAGUACUAAUAUUGCAAUAAUCUCUGCCCAGAAUCAUCCCUGUUAUACAGUGCUUAUACAGAGAAUAUCAAUCUGAAUUCAUACUAUAAAUUGUUGGUACAAAAACAUUAGUUAUUUUAAGGAAAAAAUGGGCAUUUUGGUACCCAAAUCUCAAAUUCUCAUUUUUAAAAAACAAAUGAAGAAUCAGGUACGGAAACAAUUUUUACUUUUAAUACUGGUCAAAACGACGUGAAGAUGGUCAGAAAUCAGGAAAACCCACAACAUAUUUUUCGUAUAAAGAAAACUUUACUAUGGAAAGUUAUAUAUUUUUAGAAUCCCUAGAAUUAAGAAAAACUCUAUGUAGAUUUCGAAUUAGUGCACAUGACCUUCGAAUUGAAAGAGGAAGAUAUGAAUUUACAAAAACCAAUUCUGGCCAGAAGAUUCUUUAGAAAGAAACAAAAGAAUUUGUGAAUUAUGUAACCUUAAUUGUGUAGAAGAUGAAUUUCAUUUCCUUACUGAUUGUCCAUUCUAUGUUGAAGAGAGAAAUAUGUUUUUUAAUGGUAUAUACAAGCUCAACAAAAAAUUUAUCUAUCUAACAAAUAAGGACAAAUUUACUUGGUUGAUGAUUAAUGAAGACAAACCAGUAAUUGUCAAAUUGAGUGAAUAUUUAGUGCAAACUUUCAGAAAAAGAAGUGAUGCUUUAAAACUGCAAAAAUCAUUAUAGUUUAUUAUUCAUAUGUUGGUAUAAUACUGAUACUGUCCAUUUACUUGUGUAUACACAUGAUUAGCAAUUCAUAUAUGUAUGUACUUGUUUCCCCAACAUGCUGCAUCCACAUGCAGUUUGCAGUCUAUGUAACCUGUAGUUAAUGUUGUAAACUUUCUUUCUUUUUUGAAUUUCCUUCUUUAUAAACUGUCUUACUGUUAUUCCCUCUGGGCCCAAAAUUGGAAUAAACUUAUCUUAUCUUAUAUAUGUAUAUACAGUGUGUAUAUAUAUAUGCUAUCCAUGGCUCAGUAAAGCAUUUGUACAUCUGUAGAUUAUAGCAUACUAAACUGGUAUAUUUUUAUAUGGAAAUAUUGAACCACAAAUUCAUUAUAAUUAAAUUUUGUUAGUGCUGGGUGCACAGUACACACAAACCCAAACAUGCCCCAUUUUUAUGCCCCUAAGAUCAGGGGCAUAUUGUUUUUGUCCUGUCAUCCUGUCUGAAACUUUAACCUUGCCAAUAACUUUUGAACAGUAAGUGCUAGAGGUUUGAUAUUUCACAUGAGUAUUCCUUGUGACAAGACCUUUCCAUGAGUACUAAACCUUUUGACCUUGACAUUUGACCUACUUUUAAAAACAAUUGACAUUGCAAUGGUCAUAACUUCUAAAUGGUAAAUAUUAGAGCUUUCAUACUGCACAUGAGCAUUUCUUGUGACAAGAUCUUUCUACUGGUACCAAGAUAUUUGUCAUUGUGACCUUGGUCAUCUUUGGAAUUGACCAUUAUCAGGGGCAUUUGUGUUUCACAAACACAUCUUGUUUAAAUAAUGUGAAGCAAUCAUUAAAAUUAUUAUAAUGACAAAUAUCCCAUAUUUUAUAGAAAUAUGUCCAAAUAUACUAAAUCAUAUAAUUACUGUAUGUUUUAUUUUGUCAGAACUCAGUAGCCACAGAGGUUUUCUCCUGCACCCCCCCCCCCCUUUCCAUGCUCUCACCAGGUAGUGCUUUGCCAUGGGCCACUGGGGGCUUCAGAACAGACUCCAGCCUUUUACCAUGCUCCCCUUUUCAAACAUUUUUGGAUCCACCACUGUUUCUGGUUUGUGUACUGUUAAUGUUAUAGAUUUUUUAUGGAUCCACCACUGGUUCCAGUUUGUGUACUGUUUUAAGUGUUAUUAAUAGAUUUUUUAUGGAUCCACCACUGGUUCUAGUUUGUUUACUGUUAAUGCUAUAGAUUUUUUCAUGGAUCCACCGCUGUUUCUGGUUUGUGUAUUGUUUUAAAUGUUGUAUAUUUUUUCCUAGCAUUAUAGUACUCCUAUUGCAUCUCAGUUUACAGGAUGAGAAGUGUGCACCUUGUCCUAUCUUUACUGCAUACAAUGCUCCCUCAAUAUCAUCUUCACAAGUCAAGGGUUAUUGAUUCGUUACCUCGCAAUAACCCUUGACAUCAGUCGCUAUUUAAAAGGUGGGCACAUUAGACCAUUACGUAAUUUACUAUAAAUAAAACAUCCAAUGAAAUCACUGCAUCUUGUUAUGGUGUACAUGGAUAGAAAUGACGCGAUCUCAUACUGCUGUAUUGAUAAAUACGCGCAAUUGUAAUAUUCACACCACUAAUUACGUUUAUUGAUAGUAGAUCAAGUUUGGAAACCUUUUUGCUUAAGACAAUAUUGCUUAAAUGAUUGAAAUAGCCAUAACUGUAGGUAUCAAUACACGUGUUUUUAUUUGAAUCUCUCGUUUCGUGUUGUUAUAAAUAGAACCGCAUUCUCAUUGGUUCCCACUCUUUUGUGGAAACAAUCAGAAUGAGCCCAACUUUUAUAUAGCCACUGAUGUCAAGGGUUAGUGCGAGGUAAUGAAUCAAUAACCCUCGACUUGUGAAGAUGCCUCAAUAUAUGCCCACGCCUCUCUCCCCUUUAUAAUGCCACCUCCGCUUAUUGCCUGAAAAUCCUAAAGGACAUGCAGAUUUAUCCCCUUGUUAACACACCCUUUAUAAUGCCCACACCACAUAAUGCCAGAAUAGCCAUAUGUUUCCGAUUUCCACUAAUGAGUGGUCAAAUUUUUACCCUUGAUAAUAUAAUGCCAGUUACCCAAUACUCUGACAUCGGUAAUCACACCGGAAUGUCAAAAGCAUGACGGGCUGGACAUGGUAUAUGGUCAGGUUAAUUACUAAUAAUUACUGAAUAAAACUCAAGAUCGUCUAAAUGUUUAUACAGAAUGCAGCUCAAAUGAAUUAUAUAACUGAAUUUCUGCUCAGCGAAUGAUCAGUAAUGGGGAAUUUGUUAUAUAGCCACCUCCUCUUUAUUGCCCAAACAAAAGUUGGCAGUAUAUUGAGGGAGCAUUGUAUUCACUUCCUCCAUUCCAAUAAACAUCCCUCCUUAAUUAUCUCAUGUGCAGAUGAUGAUGUGUGCCAAACAGAUUUAAUUACAAGAUGUUUGUAAAUAAAAAUUAUGUUUUAGUCA